UAUAUAAAGAGUUUUGAACGAUCAAUAGUCGGCGCUCCGAUGACCGACUAGCGACAUGCUUUGGCAACCGACAGCGAUAGGGUACGAUGGUACCAUGGCGAGUGUACCAGUUAGAAUAUAUUGGCAAGGUGACGGCGCGAACAAGAAGAAGAAGAAGAGGUACCAUCCCGUCGCCGGCACCGUCUUCGACCAGCUAAGAAAUUUCAACCGGCUGCACCAUUACAUGACGGAUCUCGCCGGAAAGUACAAAACUUACCGGCUAAUCAACCUUUUCCGGUCCGAAGUUUAUACUUCCGACCCCGCUAAUGUUGAGCAUGUUCUCAAAACCAACUUCGACAAUUAUGGCAAGGGGUGUUACAAUAAUACUAUCCUGAGGGACUUGUUAGGAGAUGGGAUAUUUACGGUCGAUGGGGACAAGUGGCGGCAACAGCGCAAGGUGUCGAGCCACGAGUUUUCUGCUAGAGUUUUGAGGGACUUUAGCAGUGUGGUGUUUAAAAGAAAUGCUGUAAAGCUUGCCAACAUAUUGUCUGAAGCUGCAACUUCUGAGAAGACAAUUGAUAUCCAAGAUCUGUUCAUGAAAUCUACUCUAGACUCGAUUUUCAAAGUGGCAUUUGGAGCAGAACUGGACAACAUAAGUGGGGAUUCAAGUGAUGAAGGUGUGAAAUUCAGCAGGGCCUUUGAUGAUGCGAGCGCAUUGACACUCUGGCGAUACGUGGAUGUCUUCUGGAAGCUCAAAAGAGCACUUAACAUUGGGUCAGAAGCCAAGUUGAAGAAGAAUAUCAGAAUUGUUGACGACUUUGUGUACAAGCUCAUUCAAAGCAAAAUCCAGCAAAUGCAGGUGGCUGGGGAUGAAAAUGACUCUUCAUGUUUGGGGUGGAAGAAAGAAGACAUUCUGUCGAGGUUUUUGCAGGUGAACGAAACAGACCCAAAGUACCUGCGAGACAUCAUUCUGAACUUCAUCAUUGCUGGCAAAGACACUACUGCAACAACUCUGUCAUGGUUUGUGUAUAUGCUUUGUAAGUAUCCUUCGGUGCAGGAAAAGGUGGCGCAGGAGAUCAGAGAAGCCAUCGGGACAUCCGAUGAUGUGAAGAGCUUUGCAGAUUUUGCUGCCAAUUUGAGUGAAGAAGCUUUGGAGAAGAUGCAAUACCUUCAUGCUGUGCUGACCGAGACUCUCCGGCUUUAUCCUGCAGUUCCUGUGGAUCCAAAAAUAAGCUUGUCAGAUGACACAUUACCGGACGGGUUCAGCGUGAAGAAAGGCGAUAUGGUGUCUUACCAGCCAUAUGCAAUGGGACGGAUGCAAUUCAUAUGGGGUGAAGAUGCACUAGACUUCAAGCCUGAGCGAUGGCUCGACCAGAAUGGCCACUUCAGGCCCGAAAGCCCCUUCAAAUUCACAGCUUUUCAGGCGGGGCCGCGGAUAUGUCUAGGGAAGGAAUUUGCAUACAGGCAGAUGAAGAUAUACUCUGCAAUUUUGGUAAGGUUCUUUGCCUUCAAGAUGACUGAUGAAGCCGCGGUGGUGAACUACCGGACUAUGAUCAAUCUGCACAUUGAUGGGGGGCUUCUCCUCCGCCUUCGCCGCCGCAAACAGUAAGGCUCAGUUUAAUACACUGAAUUGGAAUUGAAAUUCUAUGGUAUCGAAAUAGAUGAAAUUGAAUUCUAAUUCGAUUUCAAAUAAUUUGUUUGGUAUAUUUAAAGAAUUAAUAUAAAAUAGUAUUGUAAUUCCAAAUCCUUUGUUUGCAGCAGAAUCAAAUGUUAUCCAAGGUGGUGCUCGCGGACACUUUAAACGUGGACGCGGAAAUAACCGCAACAAAGGGCCGAACAGGGGCUAUAAAAAUCCAAAUGGAUCAUCCUCCAAAGGAAAAGGAAAAUUCAAACCACCACAGGCUAAAACUUAUGAAAAGCCAAAACCAAGUGGUGAAUGCUACAAAUGUGGCAUAAAAGGACACUGGGCGA